AUGGCCGCACGUGAGGGCAUCAGCGGCGUUUUCCGAGGGAGCGUCCAGGCUUGUAGCACUGAGGCUCGUGGCCAGGUCAGCGGGCGUCUCGGCCAAGUCUCGCCUGUGAACCUCACGGGCCCGGCCAAGUCACGGCCUGAAAAGAGAAUUCGAGCGCCCAAGAGCGCCCACCUCCAGAGUGCUCCUCCCCGAAGCACCAGCUCUUCCAAUAAUAUCAACCCUUUUCGCCUCCAGAGCACGCCAGAAAUGCCUCUUUAUCAACUAACAAGACACUGGCUCAACGAAAGACACGCCCCCGACAUCUUACCCGUGCAGGAGCCGCUCAGCCAUCUCAGGCGCCAGUCAGAAGCCGUUCACCUCCUUCCUGGUGACCCUUCUUCGUCCGACAAAGAACAUAUCCGGAUUAUGCUCGUGCAGACGGAAAUUGAACGUGUCAAGUUUAUCAUGAUGUCCAUACGAGGUUGUUCAAGGUAG